GUGACGUCACUGCCAGGGCCGCGCACGCACCGCCCCCUCUGCGCCUGACUGACGAGACGUGACCGAGCCGAACCGAGCGGCACCGGGGAGAGAGACCAAGAUGGCGGACCAACGGCAGCGCUCCCUGUCUACCUCUGGAGAAUCCCUGUAUCAUGUUCUAGGACUGGACAAGAAUGCCACAUCUGAUGACAUCAAAAGAUGUUACCGGAAGCUCGCACUGAAAUACCAUCCAGAUAAAAACCCAGAUAAUCCAGAAGCCUCCGAGAAAUUCAAGGAGAUCAACAACGCACACGGUAUAUUAACAGAUGCCACGAAGAGAAAUAUCUAUGACAAGUACGGGUCACUCGGACUCUACGUGGCGGAACAGUUUGGGGAAGAGAAUGUCAACACAUACUUUGUGCUGUCCAGCUGGUGGGCGAAGGCUCUCUUCAUGUUUUGCGGCCUGAUCACCGGAUGUUACUGCUGCUGCUGUCUCUGCUGUUGCUGUAAUUGCUGCUGUGGAAAAUGUAAACCACGGCCUCCUGAAGGGGAGGAGACAGACUUUUACGUGUCCCCCGAGGACCUGGAGGCACAACUGCAGUCGGAUGAAAGGGAUGCUGCUGAUAUCCCAGUGAUGGUACAACCCAGUUCAGCCACGGAGACCACACAGCUCACCACCGACUCCCAUGCCAGUUACCGUACCGACAGCGCAUUCAACUGAUCACAUGCGGGACCCCCAGGUCACUAGGACUAGAGAGGAGGGGGAGAACUGAUCUCAUCCUACAGCCCUCUGUGUAAUCCUACCCCCAGCCCCUCAUUUGACCAGCUAAUUAUCUUGUCCCCUCGGUGCGAUGAUUGAACAUCCAGGGAGUAAAGCGCAUGCUCACCACUCGCUUCCCUUCCCCCUACCACCUUUCCUUUUCAUGAUCAAAUAUUUUUAAUUUAUUUUUGUUUAUGUCUAGUUUUUAAUGGGUAUAUUUUUGUAUGGGGACCUGUUACUUCCGCACCCCUCCCUUCUUAACCCUUUGUUACCCUCGGUCUCUGAGCGUGUGCUGAAUCCAGCCCUUUGCCACUUUCUCGCGAUGUGUCAUAUUUCAGGUCGGCGUGAUGGGGGCAGGAAGUGAUGUUUUAGUACCGAUUAGUUUUUUUUCCCUGUGCCCCCCUCCAAGAGGAGUUUUAUUUCUGUCUGCGUAACAUUGUAGUCUGAGUGCGUGGUACCGCAGGGGUGGGCCUGUGGUGUGUGAGUGCCCUAUCAGCUGCUCUCUCCUGGCAUGAAGGACGUUUUACAGAAGAGGACGGACGGUUCUGCUGCUGGAACGUUGUCAUUUUAUUCUUUGUAAAAUUGUUUACUGACAGACAGUGGAAUUGGCCUGACCAUAUACACUCCCUCUGACAACAAAAACAUAAUUUCAAAAAAAUUCUUUAAGGUUUUUUUUUACAAACCUUUCUGGGAGCCUGCAAUUUUUGGCAAAAAUUGUGCUUUGAGAACGUUUUAUUUUUGAGGUGUGAUACACCUGUAUGACCUGUAGGUGGUGCUCUGUCAAUUAGUCUUUGCCCUUCUCCAGUCUAGUCCUGCUGAAGCCCGCAGUGAUUGCAUUGUAGCCCAUUGUCUCCGUUCUCUUUCAUGUGUAAGUGAUCCUACCUCCAGAAAUGGAAGUACUCUUGUUUUAAUACGUAGUUAGUAAGGGACAGUGCAUUCUGGGAGCAGCUCUCAGCCACUAAACUGUGCAUCCCUGGCACAGUGACUGCAUACUCAACCCCCUGCAUACUGUUUGUGUAGGAAGCCAGCGCCAUAUUUAUUUGUAUAUAAUGUCUAGUACUUUGCAGCGCUGUAUUUAUCUGUAUAUAGUGCCACUAGUGUACUCAGCGCUGUAUGGUGUGUGUUUGUCUGGUGCUGGGAGAGAAUUUGUCACUAUGCCAAAGAUAUGUGAGCUCCCCCCCACCCCAGUGGCUUGUCACGGGUCCUAGCACUUUCAGUGCUGUGACAAUCUGAUAACCGUGGCGCAGCGUUCAGACUGUCUGUUUUGGGAACAAUACAAGCUUCCUAAUGUUUUCUGUAGGCAUCACGGACUUGUUUGUGAAUUUGGGAGCCCUCCUCGCAUCCGCAGCCUGUACAGUGGGCACUUUGUACAAAUGGGGUCAGGUGUAGGGAGUGUCCUGUGGUCUGUCUUGGAUGCAGUGUAUCCUAUAGUAUUCAAAUAUUCGCUGUGAAUGUAUGUAGGCACUGUCGUCUUAUAUCCCUAUGCGUAAUACCAGCCAAGCUGAGCGUCGCUCAACCACCUGUGCCAUGACUCUCCAAGAGCCGCCAGUUUAAGCCUUGAGGCUGUAGAUCAGUAUAUUUGACAUUUGUGAUGGCCUGUUUAUUUUUUCGUUUUUUUUCUUUACUUGCAGGGUGUAAGCGUAGACAAAACAGUGUAUGAGCAACCAACCGCAGACUAUCUGGACUGUGCUGUCUAUUUGGUGGAGAAGGCUGAAAACUUUCUGUCUGUGAUUAGGAUUAGUGACUGGCAUUACAACCACUCGCCACUAGAUGGCGGCACUGCCUGCAAAAAUGUCUUGUCCCACUGAUUCUGCCCAGAAUAUACAUGUUAAAAUAUCAAUCUAAUUAUAAAAGAAAUUCCUAAAGGUGUGUAAUGAAAUUGGCAUGACCUUCAUUAAUACACUAGGAUGCGCUCCUCUCUUUUCUCCCCACUCGGAGAUGCUACGAUGGCCUUUACUGACAGUGGUCCCAUUUUAAUUCAUGACAUCCCCCUCCAUUCACAUAGCUACAUUUUAAAGUAAUUCAAGAUACCAGUUUAGGAAUCUGACCACAUUGAGCCAACAGACACGGCCCACACUCAGCAGCGGAGGAGAAAACCGUGGCACACUUUAAUAGUAGAUUGGAAGGUGAUUGUUUCUUUACUCUAGCGCUCCAAUCAGUGCAAAGGGCAGACUCAAGUGUUUCGCUCCAUCCUGGACCUUGGUCAUGGCCUAUAAUUAUUCAUAAAAUACUUGCAUCAGUAUACACACAUAUAUAAUCAGAGAGAAAGUCAAGGAGUCUACAGAAAAAAAUUGAAGGCUUUAAAUGACAUAAAAUGCAUGUCUCAAAAGUAACCUACCAGCAAGUCAAUUAUCCAUGAUUAGAAUUAAUUGGUAAAACUGCCACUCGAACAUAUGAGCACCACACAGAAGAAAUGUCAUAUAUAGCGGAACCCUGAAGCAAUGAGCAUAUAUGUUAAUUAGGCUACUUUCACAUCUGCAUUUUUGCUGGACCAUGCCGGCAUUCUGGUGCGCUCCGUUUCAUUCCGUUCAGUUUUGUCCCCAUCGACGAAUCUCAAUGGCGGAAAGGAAAACGCUGAUGUGAAAGUAGCCUUUAAAGGGUGUCUACCAUCAGAUUUUGCCAUAUGUAGCUGACUGACACUAGAGAUGUGCUAGUGUCAGCUGUACAUAAGUCUUCUUUAUUCACUUCUGUCUGCAGCCGUUCACCUAAAAAACGUUUUCUUAUCCAUAUGCUAAUGAGCCUCUAGGUGCUAUGUGGGCGUCAAUUCAGCACCUAGAGGCUCUAUCUACUGACCAUUUUGGCCGCCCCGCAACUCUUGAUUGAUGUCCGAUUUGCCUGCAUCUGUCUAAAUCCCGCGCCUUCGCUGUGCGCUUCUGUAUUUGGCGCAGUGAGUGAAUGCCGCGCUCCUGGUGCCGGCUAUCUCACUGUAACGUAGUCGGUGCAGGCUCAGUGAGGAAGUCAGCACCAGGAGCGUGUCGCCUGCGCCAAAUACAGAAGCGCAGGCGCGGUAUUUAGACAGAUGCAGGCAAAUCGGACUUCAAUCAAGAGUUGCGGGGCGGGCUAGAAGAACUACAUGGGCGGUGGAAAUGGUCAGUAGACGGAGCCUCUAGGUGCUGAAUCGACGCCCACAUAGCACCUAGAGACUCAUUAGCAUAUGGAUAAAUACAUUUUUUAGGUGAACGGCUGCAGACCAGAAGUGAACAAAGAAGACUGUUAUGUACUGCUGACACUAGCACAUCAUAUAGUAAAUAGAAAUACUGCAGUCGCAUGCCAUAUGAUACAAAUUGGAUAGAGGCUGUAGCAAUAUGAAGAAUGAGUGGAAUAGAUGCACCAUAAGGCAUCACAUCAUGAAUGAAUGGUAAUGUUACAACCACAUGUCAUCUUGUAUAAGUUGGAUAUAGAUUCACCUUAAGGUCAUAAGUAUCACAUCAUACAGUAGAACAUAGAAUUAAAAGGCAUCUGUCAUCAGAUUUGUACCUAUGACACUGGCUGACCUGUUACAUGUGCUCUUGGCAGCUGAAGACAUCUGUGUUGGUCCCAUGUUCAUAUGUGCCCACAUUUCUAAGAAACAUGAUGUUUUAAUAUAUGCAAAUAAGCCUCUAGGAGCAACGGGGGCGUUGCUGUUGCACCAAGAGGAUCUACUCUCUGCAACUCUCUGCUUUGAUUGACAGGGCCAGGCAUAAUCACGUUUUCCCUGCCUAGUCUUGUCAAAGUGGAGAGGGAGUGGCAGUU